UUUUGUAUACACAAGUCUUGUCUGUGUGUAUAUGUGUUGGUGAGCUGGACACACUCGUGGAUAUACACGCGGUGUGCAUAGGCAGAGCAGAGAUAGUUUGUGUGUAUGUUAUUUGCAUUAUGAAUGCACGCGCGAGGCCGCAGCACAUGUAAUAAUAAUGCAAUCGAAAUCGAGUUGGAGUCUAGUCUGAACGAGUCGAGUCGAGUCUACACGUUUUAUACUAUUCGCAGCUCAGAUAAGCUUCACGAUCGAACUGAGCAACACUGCGAAGGAAAACACGAACUUUAUUCUACUCUUUGCUUCAAGCGCUGAGUAGAGAAAAACCUAAAGAAAAGAAAGGCAAUUCCUUGCCCAUUUUUCACCAGAGGAUGGAGGAUCCUCAAGUCCAAGGAUACAAUUCAAGUCUUGAGAAGGUUCUGAAAAGUUAUCAGACUGUCGCGAUGUCAAGUUUGGGAGGACCGAGCAGCUAUCGUCCAAGUUGGGCAGAGGCGGCCGUAAGUUUGGCUGGUAAACAACUCGUUGAUCCCAUCUUGAAGGAAGCCGUAGUUCGUGUGUCGGCGAGCAAGGCGGCCGCCUUGGAACAAGCACAUGUACAUCGCAGCAUGGCCAGUGCUCCUCCUGCUGCUGCUGUCAAGGUGGAAUACGACCCUUUACUUCACCCACCACCAUUUCCGAUACAACAAAUGCCUGUGUUCACCCCGAUUGAUCAGACCAAAAGCGAGAAAGGAGCCACCAUUUUGGAAGAUGAGGCCAUCUCAUGCUUCGCUGUCGGUGGUGAGAAACGCCUCUGCCUGCCACAGAUUCUGAACAGUGUCCUCCGGGAUUUUAGCCUGCAGCAGAUCAAUGCUGUUUGUGAUGAAUUGCACAUCUACUGUUCCCGAUGUAGCCCUGAACAGCUCGAAAUAUUAAAGGUUACAGGGAUCUUGCCCUUCAGUGCUCCUUCUUGUGGACUGAUAACUAAGACCGAUGCUGAGCGCCUGUGCAAUGCGCUUCUGCACGGGAUCAUGGACACCCGCUCUCCAAAGUCCAUGGGACACAUGAAUCAGGACGAAAAGCCAAAACAUCCGACCGAAAACAGCAUGAAGGUCUACCAUGAAUGUUUCGGGAAGUGCAAGGGUCUCCUCACGCCGGAACUUUAUGAUACCGCAAACAGCUCGUGCAUUGAAUGCCUCGAAUGCAGUGCCAUGCUUACACCUCAGAAAUUCAUUGUUCAUGGACAUAAGCGAAGAGAAACGCGCACUUGUCAUUGGGGUUUUGACUCUGACAACUGGAGGAAUUACCUGCUCUUGGCCAGGGAUCAGAUUCCUGAGGAUAAAUACCAGGAGGCAUUAGAGAAUAUGAAGGCUAAGUUCGACCCCACCUGCAAAUACAAGAGGAAACAGGUAUAAAGUGUAGACUUGAUAUAGAUCUAGAUGAGAUUUAGUCUUGAUAUGGAGUCUAAAUCUUCAUUAUCUUGUAGAGUAUGUUGUAGAGUAUGUAGAGUAGGAAUUGGUUGAGAGAGGAAAACAUAUCUCCCAUUACUUAUAAUAUAUUUACAGUUGAUAGAUUAUAGUAACUAGAAUUUAAUCUGUAUCUGUCCGUUGACGUACAAUCACCAGCAUCUCGUUGUUGCGUACGUUUGGGUUUAAGGGGUCAAGCGCUAAACACAGUUAAUUUUGGUAGUGUGCUUUGGAGAUGAGGGUGUUAAUGUCCAAACUUUCAAGUUUGAGUUUGAAUACUCCUACGUCCUUAGAAUUUUUGACAUCCUCACCAAGCAGGUUCCAUUCUGGGCUGGUCUUCUGAUAUAGGGAGUGUCGGUAGCAGUCUUUUAUUGAUCUUUAAACGUUGUAUUUGAGAGUUACCUUUUGUCUUGUUCGAUAUCUACAACUGGUUGGAUUUUGAGAUUGAAAGGUGGGCUGAUAUGUUGGAGGGUACAAAUCCAUGUGUCUCUUUGUACAAGGAAUUUGUCUCUUUGAAAAGAAUUCCUGUUUAAAUGAAAUAAUGAAACAAAUGAUCCCUUUUUAAAACUAAUUUAUAUUCUUAGUGAUGUUGAGGCAUUAGGCGAAAUGGAAAUGUUGGAAUGAAGUCAAUGCAUUGUAUGUAUUCUACUCUAUUGAAGCCUCGGAGGCUGGUGUGCUUUUCUCGAUCUAAUAUAUACAGUGGUUCUAACAAGAAGUGAAAUUGAGAUGGAAGGGCUAUUUCAUGGGUGUACAUGUACAUGUACAACAUGCAAGUCAACCUUUAAUAGCGUAUUAAAGUCCAAUAUGCAGUCCUAAUGAGAGAGAGAGAGAGACUUGGAUUGAGAGAAAGAGAAGAAGGGGGGGGGGGGCAUGAUGAGGGAAGUACUAUCUUCUAAAGAUGUAGAAGUACUAUUUUUGUAUGGCAGUUUUCAUUCAAUCUGUGAAUAGGAGUACAUGUUGCAUGCAAACAGUGAUAUUAAUUGUCAUGAUGUUUGUUCUGCCUAAUAUUGGUACACACAAUGCAAUCAUUCAGUUUCACCUUGGCUUCACAUUGCAUUUGUUGGAAUAUCAUUCGGCACUAUGCAGGAUUAAUUCUAUGUUUUGACUCUAUUCUGGCACAACAUUUUGCUUUAUAUAACAAUGCAUAUGAAAUGGAAGUAUUUCUUUUUGAACGCCUGCAAUUUUAAACAGUAACAUUCUCAGGAUUUAAAAGGCAAGCAGUGUCUGUGAUCAAGACUAUUCCCUCUCCACUAAACCCACCCCUCCAGUAGUGCCUCUGAUUAUGUGAGAGUGUGUGCUGCUGACAGUCUUGUUCAUUCAUUAUGUGCCAAAAAUAACCCUCCCUUCCUAAAGCCUCGGAUCCUCUAAAUUGAAUGUAUGUCACACAUUUAGGCAAGUCUGUCGGAAGCCUUGCUCACAUGGUGUAGGAAAGAAUGUGUAUUAGCCUACAUGUAUAUUUAUCUAUGUGUUCUAGUUUGGUGCCAUUACUUAGGGGGGGGGGGGGGGUGCAAGAUCUACAUAUAUAUGAGAAAGAGAAAUGUAAACAUCCCUACAAUAUGUGCAGGAUUGUAUCCCUACUCAUACUAUUGAAUCUUGUCUCCCCCUUUCGUUUUGUGUUCUAAGAUUGUCUGAAAAAUCCAUACUAUCAACCACUAUGGUUGUUUUCAAGGAUGAGUGGAAUUCGACAAAAGGAAGACCAAGAAUGUCUUUUACUAGUAGACAGUGUGAAUGGGGUAUUGAAAAUAUUGGUCUGCUUCCCAUUGAAGCCAGUUUCUUUUGUAUUUAUUGUAAAUACUGGUGCCAUUGCUCUAUUUCAUCAGAUAAUUAUUUAAAAAAUUGUACUGCCAUGUCACAUGUUUAGUUGGUAUCUUCGGAUUCAUUUUGAAUCAUUUCUGUACAUGUAGCUUUGUGUCAUGAAGGCUUUAUGGAGAAGGUGCACAUAAUGAUUCUUCGAUCAUGCAUUAUGAUUAGUAGGGUAACUGGACGAGUCAACCUUUGACGGAAGUGUUCAUCUUCCCGUUCCCAUCGGGCUAGCCUUUGCUUUAAAUGCAAUCCUUUGCCCUUAUCCCUGUCAGCCUGUCACAGACUUGGAGAUAAACAAAGACAGAAGCUAAUUCUUGCAGGCUAGUUUCCUAAUUAUCUAAGGCUAUUCCCAGUUUUAGGGGCCAAGUGUGUCAACCUUAGAGAGGAUCAGAGAUAAAAAAGAAGUCGCAGAGGAAAGAGAGGGGGCUGUCGGAGUGUUGAAACGGUAGCUUAUAUUCCGAGUUGAAGAGGAGGAAAUGAUAUCAUUGUUCCCUGAUCGUACACAGAAGGUUCUGUUGAGGGAUGGGGUCGGUUUCUCUAGGUGGGUUCAUCCCCAACAUACAUGUAUAUAUCUGUUUUUUAAUUACAACUCAUUUUCAGGCCUCAAAUUACCUUAUUUAUUUUUGUACACAACACCUGACCCGGCUUCUCUACAUGUAAAUGCCUGUGAAAUGAUGUAAAUCCAUGUUUGCUGUCAAACUACAUGUACAGAAGCAAAUGAUACCAAUUGAUUAGUGAAAACAUCUUGUGCAUCAAAGCAUUUUAAUUUCAUUUACUGUACAUGAAAAUAAAAGCCGUAGAUUAUGCACAGGGUGAAAAAGUGCAUACUUGCUGCCAUAUUAGACCUCUACCGUACUGUGUUUACUGGCAGUUUGUAUGGGUGGGACUGAAGUACAUAAACUCCAUGUUGAGAGCAGAUCAAAGGUCAACAUGCUGAUUUUGAAUACAAUGCUAGUGUCAUGUUCUUCAAGUUUUAGUUUCUGUCACAAAUCUCACAAAUAUAGCAAUUUGAAAGUGAUUUGUGUAUUUAUUUUUGUUACUAUUUUCUUACCUAGAGUUUGUUCCCCUUUAUUUAAUCCUGUUAAAAGAGCAAAUUGUUUUGUUUAAAUUAAUGAUAUGAAUUUUAUGUUGCCUCUUGAGUGUUUUCAUCUGUAACCGCAUGAAAUGACACACUAUAUAGCCAGGCCUACAUGUACUGUACUUGAUGUAGAAUGUUGUCCCUAGAUGCACAUCUGUGUAACAUCUUUUUAAAAGAUCCUACAUGCAGGUGUUUGAAGAAAUGUUCAGCUUAAUAGAGGCUAG